CUCAGAGCUGCGUCCUCAACCUUGUUCUUGGUCUGUGUUCCCUCUCUGGGCAGCCUUUCUUCUGUGGCUUUGACGACUACCACCUCUCGAAUGUUCUGGCCCGUAUUCUCAGGACCAGUUAGUUCCAGAGCGGUGACCUCAGCACCUGUUGGACAGGGCUCCUGCCCGAAUGCUGAAAUACAUGCGUCCCUCCAGGGAAAGCCUCAUUUGCUUUCACUUCCCUCUUGUUUGUGCUCUCCACUUCUACCCAGUCAGCAGAGUGGUUAGUAUGGUGUCUUCACUGUUCCUGAAGGCUCCUGUUCUUCUUUCACGCCUUGGCCCUCUGGCCUAGAGGACUCCUACCCCUUGGGCACAGGGACUGUGCCUGGUGCAGUGGUUAGUCUCUUUUCUCAAAUAAGGAUUAAACUGUGGCAUGAGAGUCAACUCACCCUGUGUGGCUCCUCAUUGCCCUCAGGAUGGAGCCAGGCUCCAGAUGGUACCUAGAACUCCCUGUGCCUUGGCUCCAGCUGUCUCCUGCAGCUGCCCCACCAACCCUGGCCUGGCUCCCUUCCCACAGCCACCACCCCUUCCUCUACUGGGAACAGAACCACGCCACCUCUGGCGACUUCAGCACGCUGCAUCACUGUCCCGGUCCACGUGCCACCUUGUGGGCCCAGGAGAGCCCUGGGGUUCCAGGGUAGCAGAGCGCCCGGCCGUACCUCUGAGGCCCUAGUGCUGCAGAGUUGAGCUGAGGGUCUCGCGCUCACCCUCUGACUGACCCAGCCCUAGCAGGUAGAAGAAGAAAGGUGCCACUUCGGCAUGAAGACAGACUCGCUUAGUCGUCAGUCAUUUAAGCUGAGUGCAUUGUGAUUUCCAAUAAUUGAGGCAGUGGUUCUAAAAGCUGUCUACAUUAAUGAAAAGAGCAAUGUGGCCAGCUUGACUAAGCCGCCAGUGUGUGCAGCGCGGGCAGGACGGCACCGGGUCUCGACGGACUUGUGCAUGUUAGCAGUAUAGAUUUAUGUAAGGUUUUUAAAAACUGGUCUUUUAACAUAGUCUUAAACACUUUUACUAUGGAGACAUAUGAGAGUCCCUCUCCUCUCCCGCGUGAGCCCGCAGGAGAAGUGGUGAUGGAGAAACGUGCUUGCCCCCUCCAAGCGCUGCCCCGUGAACAGUCUCCACCACCUCCCCUGCAAACGUCCAGUGAUGCAGAGGUAAUGGACGUUGGCUCUGGUGGUGAUGGACAGGCCGAACCCCCUGCUGAGGACCCACUCAACUUCUACGGAGCUUCUCUUCUCUCCAAAGGAUCCUUCUCUAAAGCCCGUCUCCUCAUAGACCCGAACUGUAGUGGCUACAGCCCGCGCACCGCCCGGCACGCACCUGCGGUCCGGAAGUUCUCCCCUGACCUUAAGUUGCUUAAGGAUGUAAAGAUUAGUGUGAGCUUUACCGAGAGCUGCAGGAGUAAGGACAGGAAGGUGCUGUACACAGGAGUGGAGCGCGACGCUCGCGCCGAGUGCAGUCUGGCCCUUAGCCCUGUCAGUGGAGACAUGCAUGCUUGUCCCUUUGGCGGGAGUGUUGGUAAUGGGGUAGGCAUAGGGGGUGAGAGUGCUGAUAAGAAGGAUGAGGAGAAUGAUCUGGAUCAGGAAAAGAGAGUGGAGUAUGCAGUGCUCGAUGAGUUAGAAGAUUUUACUGACAAUUUGGAGCUAGAUGAAGAAGGAGCAGGCGGGUUCACGGCUAAAGCAAUCGUGCAAAGAGACAGAGUGGAUGAAGAGGCCUUGAAUUUCUCCUACGAGGAUGAUUUUGACAACGACGUUGAUGCUCUGUUGGAAGAGGGCCUUUGUGCUCCCAAAAAGAGGAGAGUGGAUGAGAAAUAUGGAGGAGACAGCGACCAUCCAUCGGAUGGAGAGACAAGUGUGCAGCCAAUGAUGACCAAGAUUAAAACAGUGCUCAAAAGUCGUGGCCGCCCACCUACAGAACCAUUGCCUGAUGGGUGGAUCAUGACAUUCCAUAACUCCGGAGUCCCCGUGUACCUACACAGAGAGUCUCGGGUGGUCACCUGGUCCAGGCCGUACUUCUUGGGAACGGGAAGCAUACGGAAACAUGAUCCUCCUCUGAGUAGCAUCCCCUGUCUGCAUUACAAGAAAAUGAAGGACAACGAGGAAAGGGAGCAAAACAGUGAGCUUCCCCCUAGUGGGGAGGUGUCCCCUGUCAAGCCCCUCAGUCGAUCUGCAGAGCUGGAGUUUCCCCUGGAAGAGCCUGACUCCAUGGGGGCCGACACGGGGCCCCCAGAUGAGAAGGACCCAUUGGGGGCUGAGGCUGCCCCUGGGGCCCUGGGGCAGGUGAAGGCCAAAGUUGAGGUGUGCAAAGACGAAUCAGUUGAUCUUGAAGAAUUUCGGAGCUACCUGGAGAAGCGUUUUGACUUUGAGCAAGUUACUGUGAAGAAAUUCAGAACUUGGGCCGAGCGGCGGCAGUUUAACCGAGAAAUGAAACGGAAACAGGCGGAGUCUGAGAGGCCCAUCCUGCCGGCCAAUCAGAAGCUCAUUACUCUAUCUGUGCAAGAUGCACCCACCAAGAAAGAAUUUGUCAUUAACCCCAAUGGGAAAUCCGAGGUCUGCAUCCUGCACGAGUACAUGCAGCGUGUCCUCAAGGUCCGCCCGGUUUAUAAUUUCUUUGAAUGUGAGAAUCCAAGUGAGCCUUUUGGCGCCUCGGUGACCAUUGAUGGUGUGACCUAUGGAUCUGGAACUGCAAGCAGCAAAAAACUUGCGAAGAAUAAAGCUGCUCGAGCUACGCUGGAAAUCCUCAUCCCUGAUUUUGUUAAACAGACUUCUGAGGAGAAGCCCAAAGACAGUGAAGAGCUUGAGUAUUUUAACCACAUCAGUAUCGAGGACUCGCGGGUCUACGAGUUGACCAGCAAGGCCGGACUGUUGUCUCCCUAUCAGAUCCUCCACGAGUGCCUUAAAAGAAACCAUGGAAUGGGUGACACAUCCAUCAAGUUUGAAGUGGUUCCUGGUAAAAACCAGAAGAGUGAAUAUGUCAUGGCGUGCGGCAAGCACACAGUGCGCGGCUGGUGUAAAAAUAAGAGAGUUGGGAAGCAGUUAGCCUCUCAGAAAAUCCUUCAGCUCCUGCACCCACAUGUCAAGAACUGGGGGUCUUUACUACGCAUGUAUGGCCGUGAAAGCAGCAAGAUGGUCAAACAGGAGACCUCAGACAAGAGUGUGAUCGAGCUGCAGCAGUAUGCCAAGAAGAACAAGCCGAACCUGCACAUCCUGAGCAAGCUGCAAGAGGAGAUGAAGAGGCUCGCCGAGGAGAGGGAGGAGACGCGAAAGAAGCCCAAGAUGUCUAUUGUGGCAUCUGCUCAGCCUGGUGGCGAGCCUCUAUGCACUGUGGACGUGUGAGGAGGUGGUGGACCAGGCAUGGGGGCUGCCAGCUCUGUUGCCAGGAAGACCAUGCACUGCUCACUCUGCAGCCUCUCAUCUCCAAUCUAAGUUCCUCCCCUGCAGCCACAUGUCUGAGGCUGGGGCCAGAGGGGUGGGGCUCCAGUGUAUGGGGACAGCCAGGGCCACAUUCUACUAUACCGUUUCCUUGUGGGCCACCCACAGGUCUGAGUGGACGUGUUCAAGCAUCAGCUCAUCCUGCCUGUGCAGGUGGAAGCUGAGCUUGGAGAUGACCUAUGCUUUUACAGGUUUGCUGCAGACUGGUUUUACGAAUAUUUUCAUGAAUUUUAGUAUGUAACAUGCACUGACAAGAAAUGAUAGUUGGAUGACAGAUGAAAUGAGAAGUGAUGGCCGAGUGCUAUGGCGCCCUGUGCCUAGGGCUUCUGCAGGCCACUGCAGGGACCUGGUCAGAAGGCGCAUGCUGGCACACCAUCCCCUUUCCUGCCUCCUGUGUUUUCCCUUUUUUUCUGAAAAUGAUAUAACAGGAAAGAGUAUUUCAGACCUUUUCGGUUUAAAAUAAACACAAUUUUAGUAUCAGAACUAUUUUUCAGAGAUAGCAGGUAAAUCAUCAAGGUGAUUAUUUUUCAGCCAGUGUGUUUCUGCCUGGCUUGUUCCCCAAGCUCUGAGCUGGGUUGUGAUCCAUUUUUCCAAGUCUUUUAAAAAAUUAAAUAUUUUUUAUUGAUUUGAGAGAGAAAAACAAUCAAUUUGUUGUUCUACUUAUUUAUGCAUUCAUUGGUUGAUUCAUGUAUGUGCCCUGACCAGGGAUCAAACCCACAAACUUGGCAUAUCAUAUCAGGAUGAUGCUCUGACAAACUGAGCUAUCCACCCGGUCAGGGCCUUCUGAAUAAGUCUUAAUGCCCUAAAAACACACCUUAGAUACCUAGGAUGGUUGCCUUCACUGGCCUUUGGCAACUUUUUACUAAAGAUUUUUGCACAGUCAAAUCCCUCUGUCCACCCUUCAGUUUUUAAAGCUUUUAUGAUAUUUUAGCAUUUGGAAAGAAACUUUUACAGUGUGUAGAAGAUAGAUUUGGAAUCAUGUAGCAGAUAUAAACAAUUAAUGAAUUUUAGCACGUGGGUUUAUUUAAGAAGAGGGAACAAGGACCCUUAGUGCAAUCCAUUCUUGAUCACAAACUGGCACUCCUCUCCAGAUUUGGUGCAAGCACAUGGAUGGUAGCUUCACUGGAUUUCCAAGGCAGCCGCCCUGUGCAGCCAGGUCUGGUAACCAGCUCACUCUGACCAGCAGCCUGUGCUCUCCAGGUGGCCCCUGUGGACAGGUGCAGGGUUAGAUGUGACCCUGUCCUGAGUCCCAGGGGGUGUGAGGGGCCCUUGCUUGUCCCCACAUGUAAGGUAGUGGUGGUUAGCCAUUGGUUUCUUGUUCCCAGCACCUCUACAGGUUGCCACACACUCAUGGUGCACUGCCAGAUACAGGAGCCCAGCACUGGGUUGCAUUGUUACGUUCUUUGGGUGUGCCUGUCCACCACAUCCCCUGUGGAUGGUGUUUUGUUUCCAGGAAGACAAUUGGUGGUAUCUGCUUCCGGGAAGACAAUGUUGGCCUUGUGGGCCACCCAGUGUAUCCCUCCCUCAGCACCCAUGUGACCAAGGUUAGCUUCUGUGUUGACCUUUAUAAAACAGAAUCCUCAAUCAA